AUGAACAACAUCGGCCCAAAGCAGCUUUACACACAGGAUGGGCCACUCGUCAAGAGGCAGGUGCCCUUCAAGAAGCCACCACCACCAGCUACGCCUAGACAAGUUUUCGAGCUGAUCCAGAGGCUCAUGCAAUUGGAAACUUCUAAUAAGGGGCGUCUUACCAAAGAAGACGUCAAGCCCAACCAAAAGGAGUUUCUCAAGGACAUGGUGUCCCGGCUCAUCCUAUGGAGAGGCUCCUACCCUGGACAGCCCUAUGAUGUGGACAACUGGUGCUUCGAACAUAUGACCAGCCAGACCAUUUAUCCUGCCUGGGGUACCUUCAGUACGAGCAUGCAGUUUCGGUUGAACAAGGCGUUCACAUGGGUUACUUUUGCAACAGAAGAUGAUCCCUGGCAUGGUUUCAACGGUGUCGAGAUUGCCGUGGACAGGAACAAAAUUCCCAGCACCUGGUAUAAGAGGACCCAGGAGAACUUGGACUAUCUCAAGAAUGCUUGGAGAUAUGCAGCCGAGCAGAAAGCACUGCCGGACUUCAAAGUCAAGUCGGAUCCGCUUGCGGACGAGUUGUUUCCUCCGAAUGGGAUUGUUAAUCCAGAGCCGUCGAAGAUCCAGCCCAGUGUCUUUCAAUACAAGUCGCAGACUAGUUCUGGUUCAGUCGGUGACGAUGGUGAUCCGUCCGCCAACAAGCCAUGGGAAUCCAAGAAGCCAUUUGCCUACAAGUAA